GAAGGUCCUGAGUUCCUCCACAAUCUGGGCAGAACCUUUCUGCGUGAGUUUUGGCUUCCUCCCAGAGUCCAAAGACAUGUGGUUAGUUAUCGUUAGUUAUUUGGUUAUUCUAAAUUGGCAAUAGGUGUGAACGUGAGUUUGGAUGGUUGUCUGUCUCUCUGUCUGUUAGCCGUGCGUCAUAUUCGUGACACAGUAAAAUAUUUGAAGCAGUAAUGCCAGGAUUAUGUUGCAGUUUCAAUGUAAAACACGAAUCUGACACGAAUCUCCACAGUGUCACCUACUGGCCACUUUCACUAUCAUCACACCUUGGUGUGAUGCGAGCUCCUCUGCGUUGGGUGCUGUGGGAUGUGAAGGACACCCUGCUGAAGGUGCGCUCAUCUGUGGGAGAGCAGUACUGCAAGGAGGCAGAGCGUAUGGGCUUGAGCCUCAGUCCUGUGGAGGUCGACGCUGCUUUCCGGCAGGUUUAUCGACAGUAUUCCAGUAGAUACCCAAACUAUGGCAUCAGUCAGGGCCUGAAUGGACAGUCAUGGUGGAGGGGGGUGGUGCGGGACACUCUCUCUCAGUGCGGUGCACAGGAGCCAGAGUUGUUAAACACAGUAGCCAACAAUCUUUACCAUAACUUCUGCAGCGCAGAUAACUGGGAGGUAUUUCCAGACUCAAAGAAGGCUCUGGAGAGUUGUUCUUCUCUUGGACUGAAGCUGGGUGUGGUGUCCAACUUUGACAACCGCCUGGAAGCAAUCUUACAUGUUUGUGGGCUGCUGUCAUACUUUAGCUUUUUAAUAACAUCAGAAGAGGCUGGUGUAGCAAAGCCCAGUCCGGCCAUCUUUAGUCAGGCACUGCAAAAAUGUGGUGUGCCAGCUGAUAGAGUAGCUCAUAUUGGGGACCAUUAUGUUAAUGAUUACCUCACUUCUCGGUCUAUGGGUAUUCACGGCUUCCUUUUAGACAGACAUAAGGAUGGCCAACUAGAUGUUCCUCAAGAGCAUCGGCUGAGUUCACUGGAUGAGCUGCCGUCACGGCUCCAGCAGCAUAUGAACUAACAUGAGUCAUAAGACAAGAUAACCUUUAGUCCCACACGUGGGAAAUUUGUUUGGUUACAGUAGAAACAAAUGGUGUCAAGUGAAAUCUACUCAGAACAACACUGGCUUAAUUAGCGAAAUAAUGUAUGGACUGUUGACUUAAGUAUAUCAAACUACUUCAUCCUCAUAAGACAAAUGAAAUGCUGAUAGAAAAAUGUAAAGAAAUCUUAACAUAUUGUAUAGUUAUACGUAUGUGCACCUUUCAUGUCUUUGUAUUAUAAAGUAUGUUGGGAAAAAUAAACCUCUAACUAUACUGUGUCUCUGAAAAUAGAGAAUAUGAAGUGAGGCAGCAAACUGUCAGACCUUCGACAAGGUUCUGAAAACAUUUCUGAGAGAUUGUGGUCCAUGUUGAUAUGAUGGCAUGCAAUUGCCAUAUGCUGUUUGGCAUGUGCGCAUCCAUGAUGCAAAUCUCCUGUUCCCCACAUCCCAAAGGUGCUCUGUUGGAUCAAGGUGUGGAGACUAGAGCCCAUUUUAGUGCAUUGCCAUGUCCAAGAGAACUUUCAGAUGAUCUGAGCUUUGUGACAUUAGAAGAUGGGAACGCUGUGGUCAUAAAGGAAUGGUCAUGUUCAGCAAUAAUAAUCAGGUCAUUUGGUACAUUGUCCCAAAGGAUAGAUUCUUGGUUCUCUGAUGUUUUAAGCCAAAUUCUGACCCAACAUCUGAAUGUCACAGCAGAAAUCGAGACUCAUCAAACGAGGCAACUUUUUUUUCUUAAUCUACUGUCCAAAUGUGUUAAUUUUCCUGUUUGACUGAAGUCCCUGUGUGGUCGUCAAGGUUCAAGGUGUUAUGCGUUCAGAGAUGCUGUUCUGCAUACCUUGGAUGUAACGUGUUUUGAUGCUGUUGCCUUCCUAUCAGCUCAAAGGAGUCUGGUUAUUCUCUGACCUGUAGUAGCCACAGUGCAUUUUCCCCCAGAGAACUGCUGCUCACUAGGUAUUUUCUCUUUAACCAACUAUUCUCUGUAAACCCUAAAGAUGCUUGUUUGGGAAAGAUCCCAGUUGAUCAGUGGUUUCUGAAAUAAUAAGACCAGCACAAAUAACCAGUGAGGUCGUAUUGAGCACAUCUAUAUGGCUGUGUGCAUUGACUUGAUUUAUAUUUUAUUGAUGUCAGUGACUUUAAGGUGGGUGACUGCAAAAAAUCAGCACUGAAGUCUACAGAGAAGCAAAGACACAAACUAUAAUGUCAUAUCUGCUCAUCAGGCUAAAAUGUCUGCUGGCACCAAGGUAGAAGACAAGCCCAGAAAUGUUUUUGCAGCACACGGGACAUGUCAAUUCUUUUACCAUCUUUUUUAAUAAUUGGUUAUUUGGAACUUGUCCCCACAUUUAUGGAAAUUAUACAAAACAACCGAGUAACCAUCUGCUCUGCGCAGAGCUGCUAUGAAUUGUGGGCAGCAAAUGUAUUUGCAAUUGAUUAUGUCAAGUCACAUAAAAUAAAUAAACAUUCUCUGGCUCUAUAUUAAAGCAGCCACAGAAAAACUAAAGACAUAUUCAAAGCCAGAGUCAUGGAAACAGAACAGGUACAAAACUCUGCAAACAUCCACAGAUCAGCUGAAAUAUCAUGGCAGGAGUCUUGCUGUAAAAUAAAGUGUCCUGAAAGUUGGCUGCAUUCUCUCAAUUUCUGCUCAGCAUCAGCUAUGCAGGUACAUUUCUUUAAAAGGUUAUUCAUUAGCAGGCCGCUUUACAGGAGCUAAUAAGCUCUGAUCAUCCCUAAUGAUAUUUUUCAGUGCUUAGCAGUGAGGGGAACAAGGCAGGGUUGCUUAACCCUAAUACCUUUGUAAGUACCCACUUUAAACCAUCUGGUCAGAGGCAGAUACCGGGAAUGUUGGACUGAGGAUCAAAAGAGCUGCAGAGAGACCGAAGUGGAAUUGCUAUUUACAGCAAAGCUCCAGCUUCUUAUAGAAUAUGGAUUGACAUUCUUCCAAAAAAGAUUUAAUGUUCUUAAUUUUCAAAAGAGAAGUGUUCACAGUGUUCAUAAAACAUGAAUCAACACUAUUUUCCCCCCAAGUUGUAUUUUCACUUUCUUUGAGUCGUGUCCAGUUGAAUGUUUUCCCCAUUCGACUGUUUGUACGUUGAAGGGUAUUGUAUAUCUUUAGGGAGUCAUCCGUAAGAGCUGCUUAAUUUAAAGCUGGUUUAGUAGCUCAGCCAGACGGCUCUAAAGGGCUCCACAGAAAUCCAAUUGCAGGCAUAAUGGGAUUGCAAAAAAAAACAAAACGAAGCUUCUCAUGCAGAGAGCCAAAGGGAAGAGCAGAGGUGUAGCAUGUCAUGAGGGAAGACGUCAAUCCAGUGACUUACAAUCGAAACAAAAGCCCAGCAUGUCAGCACGUGAAGCGGCCUCGUAUCGGAGGAUGAAUGUUUUAAUAUGAAUGGGUAUAGAUUCUAUGAAAUAAAGACAUUAAUAAAUAAACAGGCUGAAUGGCUAUAUAGAAGAAGCUGGACAAAACAUUUCCCUCAGCCAUAAAAGCACUCAAGACUGCAGCUCUUUGUUCAAAUGUGCCUGGGGUUCAGAGUUCCGUGUUGGCAUUACUGCAUCUUGAAAUAUUCAGUGGAACAGAAAAAUAGAGUAGAAGAUCAGAAAAUUAGGGUAUUUC